GUUAAGGACUGUUAAAUAAAGUUUUCUCGCAUUUGAAUGAAACAUGGCCGCCACUGAAGUCGGGUGUGAGCAUUAUGUUCGCAGCUGUUUGUUAAAAGCGCCCUGCUGUGGGAAGUUUUAUGUUUGCAGACUCUGUCAUGAUGGUGAAGAGAACCAUCAAAUGGACCGAUUUAAGGUCCGAGAAGUCAAAUGUGCAGCGUGCAAUACUAUUCAAGAGGCUCAACAGACGUGUAAAGAAUGUGAAGUGAAGUUUGGCGAGUAUUACUGUAACAUCUGCCAUCUAUUUGACAAAGACAAGAAGCAGUACCACUGCCAGCCCUGUGGGAUAUGCAGAAUUGGCCCAAGAGAGAAAUACUUCCAUUGUACGAAGUGCAAUUUAUGUUUAGCCACUGAUCUUAAAGAUAAUCACAAGUGUGUUGAGAACGUCUCCAGGCAGAACUGCCCUGUGUGUAUGGAGGACAUCCACACGUCCAGAAUAGGGGCUCAUGUGCUCUCUUGCGGCCAUCUGCUACACAAAACAUGCUUUGAGGACAUGUGCAGAACUGGUGCUUACCGCUGUCCCCUCUGUAUGCACUCUGCCUUUAACAUGGAGGAGUUCUGGGAACAGAGAGAUUUGGAAAUUGCCCAGUCUCCCAUGCCCACAGAGUACCAGGACACUAAAGUAAAGAUCAUAUGCAAUGACUGCCAGGCUCAUUGCACUGUUGCCUUCCACGUGUUGGGCAUGAAGUGCAGCACCUGUGGCUCUUACAACACGGCACAGGACGGCGGGCUGAUUGCGCCCCCUGCUGUAGACGCACGACAGCCUGCGGAGCAGCCGCUUGAAGAAGAGACCGACACGCAGCACCACGAGUGACGUUUAGGCUCAGAAAUCAUCUCCCAGUUAAGCUUUUAUAGAACUGACAUAUAGAAAUACAAACUCUUCUCACUCACUGCUUGUACAACUGCUCUCAUUUUUUUUGCUGGAUUAAACUGGAUGAGAACUUUUUUUGAGCCUUUUUUUAAUUUUCUGUGAUGGAAACCGACUUAUCUAGCACAGUAAGAUUUGCAACAUAUAUUUCACAUUUUUUGAAUAUUUCACAUGCAUUUUGUCAUAACGAAUGUUAAAGAUAAUUCUGUGCUUUGAGGAUAAACUAUUACUUAUCUGCUUUAUGAAUGAAUUCUUUGACUGAAUCCUCAUUAUUUAUCAAGAUUUUUAUUUUAAAGUAUCAACAUGAGCUCGGGGACAGUUGACAUCAUUGCCGACCUUUUGUUAAUUUUAAAAUGAUUUAAUGCUGUUUAUUGGUUAAUGCUAGGCAAGAAACAAACCUUGUAUUGCAAAAAGAAAAUCAAAUGAUCAUGUUGCAUAAUAUAUAUUUUUUCCAUUUAAUAAAAAACGGACGUCAUCUUA